AUGGUAACAGAGGCCUCGGGUAAAGUGGACAAGCAGCUCAAGGCGAAGAAGCGAAAGCUGCAAGAUGUGCUCGGCCAAGUGAUCGAAAAACAAGGGGACAAGCCAGAGAGCCAAGCGCCGAGGCCAGCCGGCCAGGGUCCUCCCGGCUACGGCGGCGGCGGCCCCUACGGCGGCCCGGGCGGUGCCGCCCCCUACAUGGCCGGGGCGCCGCACGGCUACGCCCCCGUCGGCUACCCGCCGCACCUCCAGCACCACCCGCAGCAGGCCAUGGCGCCCGGCUACCCCUAUCCCUAUGGGAUGCCGCAGCCGGGCGGGUAUCCCGGGUGGCCGGGUGCGCCGCCGGGUAUGGGGACGCCCGGAAUGCCAGGAAUGCCGGGAAUGAUGCCACCACAGCCCGGCAUGUACCAGCACCAGCUGCCGCCCGGCCAGCCUCCGCACGCCGCGGCUCCUCCCGGCCUCGAAGGCCCGCCCGGCGUAGGCCCCGACCAGCUCGACCAGGAAGGCGUUGUGCCGCCGGCGAAGAAGCAGAAGGCCGAGGAUGAGGCCGAAGCCGAGCAGCCAAUCGUCGGCGGUCUCCGCUCCAGCGGCCGCCGAGCCGCCCGGCGCUGGCCUCCCGCCGCCGGCGGUCCCGACCACUGCGCCGCCGCCGCAACCCCCACCCAAGCCCGCCGGCUUUUUUUGCCCAAGCCCGCCGGGGUGCCACCAGCCUCACAGCCCGUUGCGCCGCCGCCCAAGCCGACUGCGGCGCCACCGCCCAAGCCAGUCGGCGCCCAAGCCCGACGGUCCUUCUGCGGCGCCUCUGCCGGCCGUUGCGCCGCCGCCCAAGCCCGCGGGUCCGCCGCCGCCCAAGCCUGCCGGCCCGCCUCCUCCGACCAUGCCACAGCCCCAGCCCCAGCCACCAUUGCAGCCAAUGGCGCCGCCGCAGCACCCGCAACCGCAACCGCACGUGCCAUUCCACCCGCCGCCGGUUGCCAUGCAACUUCAACAUCAGCACCACAUGCAACCGCCGCCUGCAGCUGCGCCGCACCACUUCCAGCACCACUACCAGCCCCAGCCGCCUCACUACCAGCCCUACCCACCGCAGCCGCAGCACCACCACCACCAGAUUCCACAACAACAGCACCAGCACCAGCCGCCGCCCACGUCGACGGCGGCUGCGGCGCCGGCGCCGGCGCCGUCGGCGGUGAGCAUCAACCAGCUCUCGGCUGCCCUCGGCCGCCGCGCCGGCGGCCCGAAGCCGAGCAAAAGUCGGAAGCGAAGCCGGAGACGGACGAGGCGUACUUGUCGUUCCUGGAGGACAUGAAGGAGCUGGGCGCCAUCCAGGACCAGUGA